CAGUUCUUGACCAUCCUAUCUAUUUCAAUUCUAGUUGUACCUAUGGCAUGCAAUGUGCCUCUGAUACGUGUACAGGAUGAAUGGCUUCCCUUACCUUACGAAAACGAACUUUUUAUAUUAUCCAGAAAGGGAGUCGUUUGUGAAAUAAAGAAUGAAAGGUGCAACUCAACAAGGAGUGAUGGGGUUUUGGUGUUGACAACUCAACGGUUGGUGUUCAUUGACAAAAGGAUUGACCAACACGCUGCUAUGCAAUCCUUUGAGGCUCCCCUUUACGGCAUAUGGAACGAGAAAUUCCAUCAGGUAGUACUUUCUUCUUCAUUCCGUUGCUAUUAUGACUCAGUGGUUGUGUCAGCCGAUACUAUCUGCCAAUAGCCUUUCUUGUGAUGUACAACCAGUAAGUCUCUAUAGUCGCCGACCUUUUUGUUUGUGUUGCUAAUAUUUACAGUUUGAUGAUCAACCUUUUUCGGGGCUUGUACACUGCAAGUUU